AUGCAACCAGUCCUGUUUGCCGCGAGCUUCCUGUGGCUUUGCAGCUUUGUUCUAUCGAAGAACAUCUUCAACAAGCCCCCCUCUGGAGGCGUUUCGGGUGAUUACAGCGAAAAUCCCACAUACCAGGAGGGCCAGCAGGUUGAUUUCUUGUGGGAGUCGGAUGUUAAAUACGUCGACAUUGGCAUCUUUCAGAAAUACCCCGUCCCUGCAGACAACAAACACUACAGCGCCUAUGUGGUUCGAAACACUUCCAAAACGAGCUACCGAUGGAACAUGGUCAAGAUUUUGAGAGGCGAGUCGCCUCCUGAGGGCGAGAACUCCAUCUUCUGGCUCAUAAUGUAUGACACCUCGACAGAAAAGUUAAUUACCGACUCUCACUAUUUCAACGUGUCUCGAAUUCGAACGACGGCGACAACGUCAACGACAUCCGAGUCGAGCGCAUCAACAAGUGCUGUUCCCACGGCUACUGCAGAUUCGCAAGCAUCCGGUACUGGGCUUUCGUCUGGAGCCAUCGCCGGGAUAGCGGUUGGAGCAACACUCGCCGGAGUCCUCGUGACUGCUGCAAUUGCUUUCUUCUUCUGGAGACACCUACAAACGGCCAACAGGGGCGCCAACGCUCAUCCGUCUGCGUCUGGUGCAGGUGACAAGCCCAUCAUGGACGGUCAGCAUCAGCGGAUGUCGGUGCCACCUCACUACAAUCAGGUUAAUCAGCAUCCUGGCAUGACGGGCAUCGAGUUGACCACAGACCGUGUGCACGAGGCCCCUUAA